GGACAAGUCCGGAUAUGAAAUGGCUUCUUUGAAAUCGACAAACAAAGAGGAGGACAAACUCGGAGAUAAAAAGGCUUCUUUGAUAUCGACAAACAAAGCCGCGGAUAGACGUGAAGAGGGCAAUUCUUCAGUAAUUACACAAAACGAAGGCGGGGACAACAGAGAAGUGGGGAUACCUACAGAAAUAAAACCAAACAUGGGUGAUGCUACGCCAGAAGAUUCAUCGAUUCAUUUAAUAGCCGCAGAUGAUAACCAGGAUACAAGUGGAAAGGUGAGGUCUACAGAAAUACCACCAACUCAAUGUGGUCGCAAGCCAGAAGAUCAAUCAUCUCCAAAGAUAGCAGCAAAGGAAACAGAUGACACAGGUGAAGAGGGGAGGCCUACAGAAAUACCACUAAAACAAGGCGCGGAUACAAGUGAAGCUGGAAAACCUACAGAAACAACACCGAACGAAAGUGAUGGUAAGACAAAAGGAAAAUUGAGAGCAGAAAAGAAAUUGGAGGCCAAGCCCGAAGAUAAAAUCGAUUCUGUGUCAGCGGCAAAGGAAGACGCGGAUACAAGUGAAGUUGCGGAUACAAGUGAAGUUGCGGAUACAAAUGAAGCUGGAAAACCUACAGAAACAACACCGAACAAAAGUGAUGGUAAGCCAAAAGGAAAAAUGAGAGCAGGAAACGAAUUCCAGGAUACAAGUGGAAAGGUGAGGUCUACAGAAAUACCACCAACCCAAUGUGGUCGCAAGCCAGAAGAUCAAUCAUCUCCAAAGAUAGCAGCAAAGGAAACAGAUGACACAGGUGAAGAGGGGAGGCCUACAGAAAUACCACUAAAACAAGGCGCGGAUACAGGUGAAGCUGGAAAACCUACAGAGACAACACCGAACGAAUGUGAUGAUAAUACAAACGGAAAAUUGAUAGCAGAAAAGGAAUUUGAUGAUUCGUUCGAUGAGAUAAUGCAUCCUGGUAAUGGAAAAAACAAAGGGCAAACGGAUUUAAAGAUUCUAAUGAAAGAUUGCGAGAAAUGUCAAACAAUUUCUAAAGAAAACGAAGAUCUGCGAGUCAAAGUAUUAGAAAUUGAAGCAGAACGAAAUAGUCUACAUGAAUUUAGUGAAAGGUUGACAAAAGAAAAUGAAUUGAAUCAAAUUAAUCUUGCAACAGUGAAAAGGGAACAUUCAGUGUUAGACAAAGUAAUGGCUAACAAAGACAUAGAAAACCAAAAACAAAUAUCAUUCCUGAAGAAUAACUUAUCUAAACAAACUGAAAGAUACGAAGAUUUAAAAAGGAAACAUGAACAUGGAGAGAGAGAGUUACAGAGUAAAAAGCGGCAGAUAGAAAGCCUUCAAAACGAAUUAUCUGAAAAAAUAAAAAGAAAUAAAGAAGAGUUGAAACGAAGAGACGAAGCAACUAAAAAGAAAGUCGAAAUAGCCAAUAAUUCUAUAAAAUGGCUACAGAAUGAAAACGACGCUUUAAAAACUGAAUAUGAAAAACAGAUCGGGAAACUUCAGAAGAUGAUCAAGGAACUAAACGACACAAUAAAGAGUAGUAAAAAUAAAAUGCACGAAGACAGUUUGAAAUUUAAAAGAUUAUCCUACGAGCACGAUGCAAUAUUGAAUCAAAUGCAAAAACUUCAAGAAGAUUACAAGGUUUUAAAUGGUGAAAAGCAAGAUCUAUUAUUAAGAUUGAGCAAAGUUGCAGGUGCCAACCUGACAUACAAUAACCCGAAUAUUGCGGAUUUAAGUGACGAAAAAAGACCAACAAAAUUAGCAGAGGAAUUCUCGGAACUAUAUGAUAAUGAGUGGACAGACGCUUUUGAAGUCUUACCAUUCGAGGAAGACGAACAAAAAACAAAAUAUAUGAUAAAUAUUUUAGAGGAAGCAAGCCGCCUGUGCAGCGAUCUAUCAAAGGGUCAUGAUAAGAGGAUAAAAGAUAGUUUACGUAUACUCACUGCUAAGGUUUACAUAAAUCGACGGAAAUUAUCCCAUGAAGAAAAAGACGAGAAUUUAACACAGUCAGACGUGGAAGCCGUAACCCCCAUUGAGCCGCCAGAAGUAGAAGACGGAGAAAACAACAACAAGGAUAAGGAGGAGAAUACAGAUGUUAUCAAUAAGGACAAUGAUAAGCAGCGUGAUUUCAAAGCAGGGAAAAGCUCAAUUGACAAAGAAGGAAAUGCAGUAAAGGAGCCUGAAGAUGAACAAAGUGACAAAGACACUGAAUCAGCCAAGAAUCAGAAAGACAAUUCAGUGAACGACAAUGAUGAAAAAAAUGAUUUCAAAGAAGGAACUAGCUCAAUUGAAAAUGAAGGACAUGUAGCAAAGGAGCCUGGAGUUGAACACAGUGACAUCGACAUUGAAUCAGACAAGAACCAGAAAGACAAUUCAGUGGAAUCAAAAAACGACAAUGAUGAGAAAGGUGGUUUCGAAGAAGGAACUAGCUCAAUUGAAAAUGGAGGAACUGUAGCAAAGCCGCCAGAAGUAGAAGACGGAGAAACUAACAAGAAUAAGGGAGAGAAUGCAGAUGUUAUCAAUAACGACAAUGAGGAGAAAGGUGAUUGUGAAGAAGGAACUAGCUCAAUUGAAAAUGGAGGAACUGUAGCAAAGCCUGAAGCUGAACACAGUGACAACGACACUGAAUCAGACAACAAUCAGAAGGACAAUUCAGUGGCAUCAAAAGACAAUGACGAGAAAGGCGAUUUCGGAGAAGGAACUAGCUCAAAUGAAAAUGGAAGAAAUGAAGCAAAGGAGCCUAAAGUUGAACACAGUGACAAAGACACUGAAGCAGACAGGAUUAAGAAAGUCAAUUCAGUGGUAUCAAAAGACAAUGAUAAGCAAGGUGAUUUCGAAGCAGGAACUAGCUCAAAUGAAAACAAAGGAAAUUUAGCAAAGAACAACAAUGAUGAGAAAGGUGAUUUCGAAGAAGGAACUAGCUCAAUUGAAAAUAGAGGAACUGAAGCAAAGAAAGACAAUGAUGUGCAGAGCCAUUUCGAAGCAGAAACUAGCUUUAAUGAGCAUGUAGAAAAUGCUAUAAAUAGUCAGCCCAAGUCAUCAAACGAAAUGAAAAUACAUACGGAGGACCAAGAAACUAUUAAAGCAGAGACUGAAGUUGUACACGGUGACAGAGAUACUCAAUCAGACAAGAAUAAGGACGAAAUUUCAGAUGAAUCAAAAGUAUUAUUCUAAUUUAAUUUACAUAUAACUUU